GGCAUUCUAAUCAGAUCAGAGGAAGAAAAAGAAGAAAACCGGGAAAUACAACAAUGACUAACAAGACAACAAGAAAAGGGGGCAGAUAAGUCAUAUAACUGAGGUUUACUUGCAUAUGUUAAUUAUGAAUACGAUGUCUUAUGCAAAGAACACCGUGACAGAAAGAAGAAUAGAAGUAGGCGCUUGAAACGAAAACAUUUGAAUAUGUUCAGGAAUGAUUUAUAUUAAUGCCCCGCAAAGCCAUAAAGGCGGAUAAGCCUUCCCUGCAAUUUAUCGAACGGCCUGUAGGAGGAAGCAAACUUCAACAUGCGCCUGAAGUCCGAGCUGCAGUCAACCCCAAGGAAUUUUUUCCGGAGUCACUAACCCAUAACAGCUCAGAUCUUAAUUCGUGGGUUAACCCACAGUUUGACUACUCAUCUGCAGCUGCACCUCCAAAUAGACGAGGGAGAAGAAACGGGCAGAAAACCUCAAGUUUACUUGAUCGAUGUAGUCAAUUGUCCAGAAAAAACAGCACAUACAAAUACCCCUCAUUGUCAUUUCACAUUCGGUUGAAGGACCAGUCUCAGAAACAGUCAAGGACCACAACCACAACAAAAAAUGCAGUAUCAAAAGUCAAAAAACAACCUCGUGCAUCCGUUUGCCACAGCAAAACGACUGCAAAUUUGGCUUACUCAGACACUCCAAAAAGACAGUUGGUCACAGCUGGAAAAAGGAAUGCUGAAGCACUUCCUGAUGGCACUGCCUCCCACAGUAGAAGUUUGGAUAAGCUUGGAAUUCAAUCUAAAGAAGUGACAAGUAGAUGCAGAAUUCCAGCAGAGGGAGCUUCAACACCUACCUCCACCAAGUUGAUAACCACAGAAGUCAGCAGUGUUUGCCCUCCACCUGAUGUGGAUACUCCGGAAAGGAUGUGGGAAGAGGUAAACCGUUCCUCUUCUUCCCCCAGAUUUUUACUGUUUGCUCAGCCAUGUACAUCACCAUGCAGCGGCCAACCUGAAACCUUGGUGGCUGACACACCAGAGAGGGACUAUGGGGUGAAGAUGACAUGGAGGAGGAGAAAGGGGCUGAUGUUGAUGUUAAAAGAAAGGGGGCUCCUUGCUGACUCAGAUGUACUAAUUCAUUGCUAAUUUUUUUGUCAUUUCUUUUUAUACGUUCUGAUUUAUUGUAUAGAUUACUGUCGUAUAUUACUGUAAUAAAUCAAGAUAAAGCAUAUUCUUAUUUUACCAACUGCAAAGUAUAAAUUACACAGCACUGAUUAAAUCUAUAUAACUAUG